AUGCGCCGGGUAAAGGUAGAUUUGAAGGAGUUCUUCAUGAGUGGCGCGGCGGCGGAGCUGGCGCGGGCCGCGGGCCUGCACUUGCACGGCGAUUUCAAGCUUCUGGUCCAACGCGCUCUACUUCUGCUACUCAGCUGUCAGUUCGUGGUCAGCCCCCGCGACCCCGCCACCCGUCAUCAGGUCAUCAAGGGGUCGGGGAUGGGGUUGAUCCACGGCGGCGACGUCGCUGACGCUUGCCUCACCAAUCUGACGGAACAGUUCUUCUCCCAGGCCUCGCUCAUCAUAAAUUUUCAAGUGUGGGUGUACAUGGGGUUUUAA